AUGGGGCCCCCGGGCAAUAGGAAAUCAUGGGGCCCCUGAUUCCUUGCCCAAACUCAAAAAAGCCUGUGAAAAAGAAUAGGAAAUGUGCUAGAAAAUUCAUUCCUCAUCUCCAUAAUAUGCAGGGGAGAAGGGGGGCUUAUGUAGUUCACAAAAGAGAAUUUGGGAAUCAGGGGCGGACUGACAACUCAUGGGGCCCCCGGGCAAUAGGAGAUCAUGGGGCCCCUGUGUCCUUGCCCAAACUCAAAAAAGCCCAUGAAAAAGGUACCAGGGGCAUAUCAUGGGGCCCCCUACUGACCCCGGGCCCUCGGGCAGUGCCCGAGUUUCCAAAUGGUCAGUCCGCCCCU